CGCCCGACAACCCUCUCAAGUUUGCCGGGACACUAUUUUGCUUGGCAGAUGGACCAUAAGCAACACUGAAUGUUAACUCUGGAAAUUUCAUAAGAUCUGCAGUGGCUGGGAUGUUGCGACAGAACGGUGGUGGCAACAAGCGUGGUUUAGGAUUAACCAAACUGUCUACCUCCAAUUUCUUCACCAUCUCUAAUUCAGGAACCUGGGGGAUGGGGCGCAGCACCAAGAGCAGUUCUUUGAGCAGCAUUAGCUCCAACUCGGACUGCUAUGACAGCACUGUUGUGGACCCAGAGUACAUCAUGCAACUGGUGAAUGAUGUCAGGAAAUUUGCAGAUGUUCUACUUUAUUUGAAAGAAGCCAUUCUUUCAGAAGAAAAACAAGAUUGUCUGCAUCACGUUGUUCAUGAACGUUUGGGCGAACUCCUGCGUGUGCUAAAGGCAGUCAUUAGCAAGCACCAAUGUCUUAAUUCAGUUGAUAUUCUAAGUGCUGCAGGAACAGUCAUCGCAAAAGUGAAAGCUGUAAACUUCAAGGAAGUUAAUGAAGAAAACAAGCGAGAAGUCCUAAGUGAGAUAUUCUCUUCUAUUGACACACUGGCAUUCACAUUUGGCAACAUAGUUUCAGACUUCCUUAUGGGAGAUGUGGAUAAUAGCUCAACAUUGGGUCUUCCCAUAUCUCGACAAAGUCAGUCUUUUGAAAAUCUUUCUGUGGAUUCCGGGGGAUCACUGCACGAAAAGGAUGACAUACAAGGGACAGGGCACCUUAGAGCUGAAGAGAUUGAUAGCGCUCUCCUAAGGAACGAUAAUGGAAUUGAAUCAGCUCUGUCCUAUGCUAAGGCAUGGUCAAAAUACACGAAGGAUAUAGUUGCAUGGGUAGAGAAAAAGCUUAACUUGGAAAUGGAAUGUGCUAAAAGCCUGGCAAAAAUGGCAGAAACAACUAAAGCUAUUGUUGGCCCUCAGGAUUACAUGCCAUUCCAAUCAAUAUUCAUAAAUGCAUUCCAAAAUGAUGUAGAGAACAGUCAGCUCUGGCAACAAACGGCAUCAGCUCUCCAAACUAAUAAAUUUGUUCAGCCACUCCUUGGAAGGAAAAGCGAACUGGAUAAACAAAGGAAGGAGAUCAAGGAGCUUUGGCAACGAGAACAAAAGAAAAUGCAAGAACUGGAAUCCACCGUUAAAAAAGCAAAGCUAUUGUAUCUUCAGCGGCAAGAUGAAUAUGAAAAGGCAAAAUCAUCAACUGUUCGUGCUGAAGAGGAGCACCUGACCUCCAAUGGGGGUAUUAUUAAAGAUGUCAGUAAACUUGAGAAAAAACGAAAACUCGAAGAGGAGGCUCUCCUAAAGGCUGAAGAAGCCAAUGAACAUUUCAAAGCCAGCAUGGCUGAAGUUGAGGAAAAACGAAAUGAUCUAGAAAAUUUCAAAAGUGAUAUCUUAACCCAGCUACGGGAACUUGUUUAUCAGUGUGACCUCACUCUUAAAGCUGCAACAGUUAACCUGUUCCAGAUGCAGCAUGCCCAAGUUGUGUCUCUACCAGUUAACUGUCAGUCCCUCUGUGAGAGUGCCAAGCUUUAUGACCCAGGACAGAAGUUCUCAGAGUUUGUGAAGAAUUUGCCAAAAGAUGAUGUUCCCAUUGAAUCGGGUUCCUUUGAAACUCAGAGCUCCCAGGUUGGAGGGGUUUUCAGUAAACGAUCAAACUAUGUCCAUGCAUCACAAGGAAAUUUAUCCCAGUGCUCAGGAGAUUUUCCCGCUCAGUUACUAGAAGACAUUGUAAGUCCAAGCUGUCUUCGAUCAAAGAUUGGAGAAAAAAGAUCAUCAAGCAGCACAGAUGUCUCUGCUGUGCGUGGGCCCCCACCAUUCAGAUCCUGGUCAGUUGGUAACCAGAGUGGAGGAAUGUGCAGUGCUGAAAGUGCAGGAGGAAGCAGUGAAUCACGGUCUGUAGACUCUCCAUCUGCAAGCCCAGGGGACUUUAAAAGAAGGCUUCCCCGGACACCAUCUACUGGUACCAUGUCCUCUGCGGAUGAUCUCGAUGAAAGAGAACCACCUUCACCUUCAGACUCUGGUUUGAAUGAUCUAGCAUCUGAAAUGACCAGUUCACCUGGACCUUUUCGAAACACGAUUCUAUCUAAGGCAGCGCAAACCCACAAACUGCGGAAGUUGAGGGCUCCAUCUAAAUGCAGAGAAUGUGAUAGUCUGGUGGUAUUUCAUGGAGCAGAGUGUGAGAGUGUUCACUUGCCUGUCACAAGAAAUGCUUGGAGACUUUAGCUAUUCAGUGUGGACACAAGAAACUCCAUGGAAGACUUCAUCUAUUUGAGUUGAGUUUACGCAAGCUGCUAAAAAUUCCCCAGAUGGCAUCCCCUUCAUCAUAAAAAAGUGCACCUCUGAAAUUGAAAGCAGAGCCCUCAAUGUAAAGGGUAUAUAUCGUGUGAAUGGAGCCAAAUCAAGAGUUGAAAAGCUUUGUCAAGCUUUUGAAAAUGGAAAGGACUUGGUGGAAUUAUCUGAACUCUAUGCACAUGACAUAAGUAAUGUUCUUAAAUUAUAUCUUCGCCAGCUCCCUGAACCUUUGAUUUUGUUUCGGCUUUAUAAUGAAUCAUUGGCCUUGCAAAGGAGAGCCAAAGUAUUAAUGAAGAACUGGAUAUGAAACGGAUGAGCCCCAGGUCCA